UAGAUGGCAUUCCUCGCUGUAGAUCUUUGUCCUGACUCUACGACCGCAUGAUUUUGUCGGGGGUUUUCUUUCCGGUCGGCAAGGUUCAGAUCUCACAAAGGCCCGGCCUCACUUGAGUGAGCUAUCAUUCUUUUUACUCUAUCCCAGUUUGAUGAUGCUUUUCGAGUGGGGAGCUGAGAAUUUCUUUGAGGAAGCGGAUGUUUGGGGAAUACGUGCCAGGUUGAUAAAGGCAGGCGGGGUUAGCCUGGAAGAUUUAUAUAAGGAUUGACGGAAGCAGUCUCGUGCUCGCUUUAUCUUCCUUCUCGCAACCCUAGAAACAGGCCUACUGAGUUAUCAUAGAAGACCUGGCAAAAAUGAAGACUGAAUCACCACCACCACCACCCCCCGCCGCCGACCCAGUGCCCCCAGAGGAAAUGGAGAUGAUGGAUUGUGAUCCGGCGAUGUGGUCUGGGCCGGUUACGGAGCCACCGGAGCUGGCCAUCAUCAAUCUCCUCAAUGAGGCGGGGGUGCCCUGUGUGCUUGUUGGAGAGCUGGCGCUUCGAGCCUACGGCUUGAGUCUUUAUCCGAAGAGCAUAGAUCUGGUCGUCGCGGACGAGAACGCUCGGCGUGUCGAGGAGCUCCUUGAGGGCCGGGGGCUCGCAUUGUGUUUCGAUCGCAGGUGCUCCCUCUGGAACGAGGGCGACAAAUACUUCCUCUCGGAACUACACUGCCACCUCACCGCUCCCAACAACGUCAAGGAGAGUAUUAGGGGGUGGAAGAACGGCCUGUUACACAUCUGGGCGAAAUCUUUGCUCCUGGAGAAGUUGCCGAAUGGCAUCCCCCUCCCGAGCAACAUCGCCGCCCACGACCAGAACUUCAUGCUGACAUCCGAUCCCCGCCUCCCCGAGCUGGCCCUCGACCUGCUGGGCGGGAUACCCACUCGGUGGAUCGGCCGUUGGGCGGCGGGAGUCGUGAUCCUGACGCCCAAGGCCUUCCUGGAGCAGAUGUUCUGGCACGUGCUCCGGGACAUCCGUCCUUACGACGCCAAGUUCAAAAGUCCCUGGGAGGUGCACAUGUGCAGGUUCGCGCUCUGGAUUGCGAGCCAGCCCCCAGAUUCCUAUACGCUCUGUCCGAGUGUCGCAACCCUCAGCUGGACAGCCGCGCGGCAGUUUCUUGAGCUGCUGAGCUGUCCUCACGUCGGCCAUCAAGACGCCUGGAACUUUUUCUUCACGCUGCAGGGCGUGUGGCACAGAGAAGGGCUGCUGACGAAAAGCCCGCGACAAGGCAGGCAAAUACUCCAGGCUGUCGAGGAUUAUGCCCUAGAGGACUGAGUUGCGGCAAGGAUCGGUACUAUUAGUGUCGCCUUUUGACUGGAUUGGAGUGUGUAGGUUGGCUUCUUGAGAACCAUCCCUGUAGUAUAUAGCUACAUGGUAAGUCUGAAUUCACUCGAC